UCCUAGAUAUUACAUUCCUUUCGUAUAGUUAUAUUAUUUUUGUGAAAAGCUCGUGAAAUAUAGUUUGUGUCGAUGCUAAAGAUAACCAAGGGAAUAAUUCAUUUUCGAGCCGUUGGAAGUUUAGGGACGACUGGAUUUGCACGAGGCAAAUUGAUGAAGCGAACCAGAGCGGCCGCGAGGAUUCAGCAGGAGAACAACAUCGACAAGGAUAAGAAUGACGAGGAUACGACAGCCAAGACUCAAGCACCGGUGGCGUCAGAGAAACCAAAACUGAAUUUCAAGUCCUUGCGAAGUCGAAAUACCGAAAAUGCGGGCGAUACGACGGACCGUCAGGUCGUCGCAUCCUCCAAAAGAUCCAAGGGUUCUCAGAGAGCGCCCAAAGUGGCGACUCACGUUGAAGGAGGAAAGGAAGCGGAGGAGUUGAAACCGAACGCAAAGCCCGGUAAAGGAAAAGUGAGAGCAGUCGUAGAUUUGGAGAUGAUGAAGGCGGAACUGAGCCAGUUAGAGGAUCCCCCCGUGACGCCCUGGGAGAAGGAAUUGUCUUCCGGCCGAUUGCAGUACGAGUUCUUCGACGCUCCCUGCAAGGAGCUGGCACAGCGGCUGUUAGGGAAAGUACUUGUAAGGUAUCUCGAGAACGGGACUGUCCUCAAGGGUAGGAUCGUAGAGACCGAGGCGUAUUUAGGUGGGGUCGACAGGGCGUCGCAAUCCUACCAGAACAGAGUUACGCCUCGCAACCUGCCGAUGUACAUGCCACCGGGGACUGUGUACGUUUACAUGACGUACGGCAUGUACCACUGCUUCAAUAUCUCUAGCCAAGGUGACGGAGCUGCGGUGCUGCUGCGAGCCGUCGAUCCCCUAGAGGGUGUGGAGUGCAUGGCUGAUCAGCGUAACAGCCAAAAACGAGGAAAGACGAAUACCUCGAAGACGAAGAAACCUGAUCUAAAAUUGCACGAGCUGUGCAACGGCCCGUCGAAGCUCUGCAUGGCGUAUCAGCUCGAUAGACAGCACAACAAGUAUUCUGUUUGUACCUGGAAGGGUAUGUGGAUCGAAGACGAUGGUGCGUUGGAGGAUUUCAAGAUCGUUAAGUGUCCCAGGAUCGGAAUCGACAGCUGCGGUCCGGAAUGGGCGGGCAAACCUUUGCGCUAUUAUGUUUAUGGCAACAAGUCCGUCAGCAAGAAAAACAAGAAGGAGGAGAUGGAAUUAACUGCUGAAGCCUGAUCGUUCCAUCAAGUUUAAUUUGCGUGCCUCGACAUAAAAAAAAGUCCAAUAUUCUUACAUCGAGCGCAUUUUUAAGAACAUUUUUCAUAAAUCUGAAUCUGAAGCAAAAAAUCAGUUAUUCGAAUGAGAUACCGAAUUAUUAUUGGAGAACCACGAAGCUCAAACUUCUUCGUUUCUUUUUCGAGAAACAAUUUAUAUUGUUUUAUUUUUUUUCGAUAAAAUGUUUUACUUGGGGUCUCUCAAUUUAAUAUUCUGUAAAAAAACCUGAUAAUUUAAACUCAUGCCUAUUAUUUAUUUAUACAAAAGCAUAAAAAAGCUGACAAAAAUUUAUAAUUAUUAUUAAUACAGUCACUUAAUUUGUGAAGUAACAAUUCUACGAAGAUUUAAAAUAAAUUUGAUGAUUUAUGAAAUUGUCGUCAAUAAAUUGUGUACUAUAAGGCAUCCGUAUUGAUUAAGAUCUCAAUAUUAUAUUCAAAUUGUAUAUAUUUCUUUCUGGCAUGUAAAUAAAUUAUUCGAUCUUUUUGGCAAUGAAUCGAUUAAAGUAAUCGAAUUUAUUACAA